CCAUUUUGAUCACAUGUGAGUAUCUCCAGUCUGUUCUCCUUUUUUCACGCUGAGUCUAGCUGGUCGGCUUGUGAUCACUCGAACAAGUUUGCAAAACGUGCUACUGAAAAAUCCCAAGAACAAAGAACGCCAGUAUCCGAGGCUAGUACGUAUCCGUCAUUUCUUGAACGUUUUCCGAGAGUCGGCAAUUUCGGCAACGAACCGCACGCAAUCCUUUUCGCGCCAUCUUCUUAAGGAAAACGGUCAAAAAACCGUAGUAAACUCGUCCCCGAAGAAUAACAGAAACUAAGGAUGGCAGACAUAGAGGAUACUCACUUUGAGACUGGAGACUCUGGUGCUUCUGUAACAUACCCGAUGCAGUGUUCAGCUCUGCGUAAAAACGGGUUUGUCAUGCUGAAAUCUCGGCCGUGCAAAAUUGUAGAAAUGUCAACUUCUAAAACAGGAAAACAUGGCCAUGCCAAAGUACAUCUUGUAGGCAUUGACAUUUUUACUUCAAAAAAAUAUGAGGACAUUUGUCCAUCUACGCACAAUAUGGAUGUGCCAUUUGUUAAGCGGGAAGAUUAUCAGCUAGCAGACAUAUCUGACGAUGGCUACUUAUGCCUGAUGGCUGAUAAUGGUGAACUCCGUGAAGAUUUAAAAAUUCCUGAUGGUGAACUGGGUACUCAGUUACGUGCUGAUCAUGAGGCUGGGAAAGAGCUUCUUUGCACUGUACUGAAGGCAUGUGGUGAAGAAGUUGUGAUUGCCAUUAAAACUAACACUGCCAUCGAUAAAUAAUUGUGUUCAGUCCAGACUCCACCAUCACAUUAAAGAAAUAAACAAAACACACACAGUUAAUAUAUUAUUAAGAGAAACCUAAGAUACAAUACAAGAUGAUCAAUGGUUAACAUAAGAACUACUACCAACAACAAAUAGGGAGGAAAAGAGAGUGGGGGCACUUGGGAAAAGAAUAAAACGAAGGGGAAAGAAAUAACGUGGGAAAGGAAAGAAGCAAACAUGUAAUUUAAAAACUGAAAGGAAGAGAAAAACAAUGUGCGUGAGCGUGUAAGUGUGAGGGAGGAGAGGAUUACAAAUAAUGAAAUAAUUGCAAAAACAAAAAAAAAAAAAAUAAAAAAAACAAAUAAAAA